GUCCCCUCCCUUCUCUUCUUCUCUUCUUCUCUCUACUGCAGAAGAAUCUGAUUCCGAUCAAAAACUUGCACAGCACAAGAUGUCUCGCCGCCAAUCACUUUCCCUACUAAAGAAUCUCGGCAGAUUCACAACCCAGACCCGAUCCGUGACUUACAUGCCCAGACCCGGCGACGGGAAGCCACGACCGGUGACGUUGAUCCCCGGAGACGGAGUAGGACCUCUGGUGACAAACGCGGUGGAGCAAGUGAUGGAGGCGAUGCACGCUCCCGUCUACUUCGAGCCCUUCGACGUCCACGGAGACAUGAAGAGUUUGCCUGAAGGGUUGCUGGAGUCGAUCAAGAAGAACAAGGUUUGUCUGAAAGGAGGGCUCAAGACUCCCGUCGGUGGUGGUGUGAGUUCUUUGAAUGUGAACCUGAGGAAGGAGCUUGAUCUGUUCGCGUCGUUGGUCAACUGUUUUAACUUGCCUGGUUUGGCGUCUCGUCAUGAGAACGUUGAUAUAGUGGUGAUUAGAGAGAACACUGAAGGUGAGUAUGCUGGGCUUGAGCAUGAAGUUGUUCCUGGUGUUGUUGAGAGCCUCAAGGUGAUUACAAAGUUUUGUUCGGAGCGUAUUGCAAAGUAUGCGUUCGAGUAUGCCUACUUGAACAACAGGAAGAAAGUUACGGCAGUGCACAAGGCCAACAUCAUGAAACUCGCAGAUGGUUUGUUCUUGGAAUCUUGUCAAGAGGUUGCUAAGAAGUAUCCGAGCAUUGCCUACAACGAGAUCAUUGUUGAUAACUGCUGUAUGCAACUUGUAGCGAGACCAGAGCAAUUCGACGUCAUGGUUACACCCAAUCUCUAUGGUAAUCUAGUUGCAAACACUGCUGCUGGUAUUGCUGGAGGCACUGGAGUCAUGCCUGGAGGAAAUGUUGGAGCAGAGUAUGCAGUGUUUGAGCAAGGAGCAUCAGCGGGGAACGUGGGGAAGGACACGACAGAAGAGCAGAAGAAUGCAAACCCUGUGGCGUUGCUGCUCUCGUCAGCCAUGAUGCUUAGACAUCUUCAGUUCCCUUCUUUUGCUGAUAGGCUUGAAACCGCGGUGAAGCGUGUCAUCGCUGAAGGAAAAUGCAGGACUGAAGAUCUUGGCGGAAAGAGUACAACCCAAGAGGUUGUCGACGCUGUCAUUUCGAAAUUGGAUUGAAUCAUUUCAUCACUGCUCAAGAUAAGUGAGUGGUAUGUAUGAUUCACACACGCAGUCUACGGAUGUGUGUGCCUUUUUUUUUUCUUCCACAUUCUUUCAAGAUAACUCGAAACUGGCACUGAGAGUAAUAAAAGAACAUGGUUUUGUUGA